AUGCAUUUCUGGACGUUCUUGACCGUCACUUGUUAUGCACUGCCAGUAUUCGCAGCUUACGCUCCGCUGCCGACUGAGCCCCCGAAAGCUGAAGACAUCUUCAAGAGAAUCGAUGAGGCGCAGAAACAAUGCUACGGUACUUGCGCUGCGGCUGCGAAUGGGUAUUGCGGUUGCACUGCAACAGGUGUUGGCUGCACUGAGAUUUGUUGCCAACCAAACUUUCUUUCUUCCGGUCUCCGCACUUAUGUUGCAUCGAAACCAAUGUGCCUCAAUUCUGCAUCCCCGAGUGCUACUGAGGGUUUCAUUCUGAUCCGAAUCGAGGCUUCCUGUCCAGCAGAAUGCCUUCUCGAGCACGAUGAUCCUGAACGUCAGACAAUUCCUUUCGAAAGACGGCUCCGACUUGGUGGAGUCGGCACGGUACUACGGAUACACGAAAAGAUCAGAGGCUUAGGUCUGGGAGACGUGGUCCUGGCCUGUCUGUCUGGUCCAGACAUCACAACCGACGCCCGUGGCGACGAGGUGGCUUCCGUACAUCAGAGCCUUGUAUGCAAACUUUCACCCAACGCUCCGAACCCCGAUGCCGCUCGAAUACCCAUGGCCUUCGCAAUUGCCACGAUCUUACUGCACACCGCUGGCAUCAUGCCCUUGCCACUUCGGCCGAUCUACCAGAACCAACAGGAAGAUACUCCCUCGAAGAACGUACUCCUCAUCUCGAGCGACACCGUGCUUCCGCUCAUGGUCAUCAAGCUCCUAUGCUUGUAUACUGCCUCGUCGAUAUUCGUUGUCUACGAGCCGGCAACCAGCGGAAGGACAACAUCGAUCGACCCAGCAAUGAUUGCCGGUGCUCAUUUCGCGCAACAGCCAUCGUCUACUUCAGACCCCUGGGAAGUUGCUCGGGGGUUGCGAUCCAACCUGGGACAUUAUGGACCUUACUCUGGCAAAGAUUGCUUCGAUCUAGUAUUGGAUUUGACUGGAAAGAGGGAGACCCCUGAGCCAUAUCAGCGAGUACUCUGUCCUGAUAUUGGGAGACUGCUUCAGCUUCCUCCGACGCUACGGAUUGACUUCGAGUGGCUGUUCGCAGAAAAGCGUAUCAUGGAAGAACUUGGGAACUUGUUGGAGAAAGGAGAAAUCGAGUCGGGGUUAUUAAGCAUCAUUCGUUCGUGA